AUGAUUUGGUUUCAGCUGAUGGGCAUUUUGUUUAGUGUGGAUAUAGCAAGGGCUACCCAUUUGAGCUACUCCAUUGAAGAUUACAAAGCCUUGACAGAUUCCCUACUCGCAAAUUAUUCAAGUAAGAUCAGGCCUAUCAAAAACCAAGGGGCUUCACUGAAAAUGGAGACUAGUCUAUGGUUGUGUGGUGUUAAUGAUGUAAACGCUGUGGACCAGAAAUUGGUUACAACAGCAUACUUAUAUGUCAAAUGGAAAGAUGAACUAAUUAACUGGAAUUCCACCUCAACAGGGAUCUACUGGAUGCAGUUCAAUCAACAGGAUCUUUGGAUGCCUGACCUUGUUUUAAAGAAUGGAUUCACAGAAUUUAAACCCCUGGGAGGUAAAUUUUACUAUGUGUUUGUGGACUAUGACGGAACUGUACAUUGGUAUCCAUACAUGGUAUUUGAAUCAUCGUGUGAUAUUGAUAUUUCCCAUUAUCCGUUUGACAAACAGUCGUGUAAAGUCAGCUUUAAGACAUGGAGUUACUCCAGAUGGGAAAUCAACCUAACAGUUUCAGCAGACAAGGUCGGAUUUUACGAAUUUGUAGAAAAUACCGAUGCCGGAGAAAAAAUGGGUUAUGCUGUGACAAUAUUUCUCACAUUUGCUGUGUUUUUGACCAUGGUUAGCGGCGAGCUUCCGAUAAACUCGGACAAUGUUUCAAUUUUGAGUGUUUAUUUAAUUGUGCAACUGUGUAUAGGCAUAUUUGUUCUCAUCAUUACCUCUUUACAACUCCGAUUACAUCACAGAACUGCAGAGAGAAAUAUAGGAAAAGUAUUCUGCUUUUUGGUACGAAUGGAAAGGCGCUUGAGAUGUGAAGGCGGAAAAAAUUCCUCACAGUCGGGCUGUUUUCUUCAGAAGUGUAAAUGCUGUGUGGGCAAUCGGGUUAUAGAGGUUGAUGACAGAUACCUUAAAAGCAGACAAGGUAAAGAGAAAGAAGCUAUGGAAGAAAUAGAAAACCAACCGGAAAUGUCAUGGAACGAUGUGUCGUCUGCCAUAGAUUUUUUCGCGUUCUGGAUUUUGCUGAUAUUUGAAUUUAUUAUUUCAACGGUUGUUUUUACAUAUGCCUCAACAUAUUAG